GACAGAGAGAGAGACAGACAGAGAGAGAGAGAGAGAGAGAGAGAGAGAGAGAGAGAGAGAGAGAGAGAGAGAGGGAUAGGGAUGGCUCGCAGGAUUUAGCUCCAGCAGCGUCUUUUCGCUCCAACACAACAAGCUUAUUACCUUCUUCUCUCCACGCGCUGGGAAAAACGGAUUUACGCGCACGAACGGAGGAGUUCGGAGGACGAGUAGGAUGCUGAGAGUCUUUCCUCCUCACCAACACCGUCCGACCUGCUCUCCAUGACCUGAGAGCGCCAUCGCCAGUGCAGCGGGAGGAACGCCACACCAGAGAGAGAGAGCGAGAGAGGAGGGCAGAAGGCCACCGGCGGACGGACAGGACCACACUUUUUCUACUUGUUAUUUGUUUUCCCCUUUCUGAGAUGGCGGCGACGGAGGCCAGCGCGGCGCCGGUGGUUCAGGAAGAUGGAAAAACCCCCGAAAGCAAGCCGGCGGAGGCGGAGCCACCGGCGAACAACGCCAACUCAGAGACUGUGAACAGCGAGGCGGCGGAGAGCGACGGCACGGCGGUCAACAGCGAGGCGGCGGAGAACAAAGAGACAGUGAGCAACGACACGGCGGCGGCGGCGGGAGCCGAGGAGGGAGCGGCGGCAGGCGGCGAGGAGGCGGCGGCGCCUCAGACCUCAGAAAACGCCUCCUCCGCCGAACCCAAGACCUCCUUCCUGGACUCCUUCCUCAACAAGAGCGGCUUGGGGAAGGUGAUGGGAGGAAGGAAGAAGAAGGAGCAGAGCUCGGCCGGCGGCGGAGAGGAGAGCGCCACCGAGGGAGGCGAGAAAGAUGGCGAGAAGGGCGGUGACGAAGCCGCUGCUGCCGCCGCCGAGGGAGGAGCAGAAGGAGGCGCAGAGGGAGAGGGGGCGACGGAGAAAACGACAGAGAACGGAGAGAAGGACGACGAGAAAAAAUCAGAGAAGGGAAAACCGGCCGAGGCCAAAUCCACCGUCCGAGACCUGAUCAGGAAGCCGGUGGCGAGGAUCUUCUCCCAUCGCAGCACCGAGAAGAAAGACGGCGCCGCCGGAGAACCCCAGAAACAAGUCAAGGUCCGCUCCAAGUCCCUGGACCGGCUGGAAGAUCCGGAAGCACUUAAUGCCACCGCAGACUCCACCACAGAAGAAGGAGCGGCGGCGGCGGAGGGAGCGGCGGACGGAGAGCCAAAGGCCUCGUCGUCCUCAGCGACCACCAAGCACAUGAGGCGCUGGCACUCCUUCAAGAAGCUCAUGGCCCAGAAGGCCCACAAGAAGAGCGGCGGCGGAGACGACGGCAAGGAGGACGGAGCGGACGGCGAGGGGGGCGGAGACUCCUCCACCCUGGACUCCAAGGAGUCCGGGCAGAAGCGCUGGAAGCUGAAGCGCUCCUGGACCUUCCAGGGCCUCAAGAGGGACCCGUCCAUGGUGGGCAUCAGCGGCAAGGCCAAGGGCUCCGACAAGGACUCGGCCGACGGCGCCAAGCCGGACGAGGCGGCGGCGGCGGAGGGCGGAGAGGAGGCCAAGCCGGAGGGGGCGGCGGAGGAGGCCAAGACGGAGGGAGGCGAGGAGAAGGAGAAGGCGGAGGGGGGCGAGGAGGAGAAGGCGGCGGCGGCAGGAGGAACGGUGACGCAACACGCCAACGAGAUCUGGACCUCCUUCAAGAAGCGCGUCAUCCCCAAGAGCAAGCGGGCCAACACAGAGUGCGCCCCCGCUGGAGAGGAGGACGCCGCCGCAGCAGGUGAGGACGGAGCAGCAGAGGACGGAAAAGACGCCAAGUCAGCCAAAGCCAAGCGCUCCCACUUCGGCCGCGCCGUCUCCCUGAAGAACUUCAUCCUGCGGAAAGGAAAGUCCACCAGCGUGGACGCGGGCGAGGGCGCUAAGGAGGAGGAGGAGGAGGCCGGCGAGGUGGCAGAGGAAGCAGCUGCUGACGGGGAAGCGGCCGCCGCCGCUCCCGAGGAGCCCAACGACAAAGACGCCACCGAGAAGACGGCAGCCGAGGAGAACGGCGCUGAGGCGCCGAAGGAGACAGAGAAGACGACGGGCGAAACCCCGGUGACCAACGGGGAGAACGGCUGCUCCAACGGCACGGCGGAGGAGAACGCCACGCACAAUCACCAGGAGGAGGAGGAGGAGGAGCAGAAGACGACGGGGAGCAGCCCCGUGAAGAAGAGCAAGGAGGCGGGAGGAGUCAAAGACGAGGCCAACGCCAAGAUCAUCAACGCCACGGCGGCCGUGAACAGCGACAAAAAGGCGGGAAACGUGUGAGGCCACACAAAGAGGAUUAAAACUGCCCGGGAUUCGCUGAGCAAGGAGCUCUGAGCCCCGCCCCCGCCCCACCCCCUCCCCCGUCACCCCCCUCCUCCCCCUCUCCUCCCCCCUCCUGAGUAGACGGAGUAAUCCCCGAGUUCCCCGAUCGCCCCGGUGAGAAAGAGAGCGAGAGAUGAAGAGAACGGGAGAAAUGCAAUCCAUGAAAAACACCACGACUCCUCACUAAGCAAUAAUCCAAGCCCUUCUUUUCAUCGCCUCCUCUCUGUCCAUCCGUCCGUCCACCCACCCCUCUCCACACACACACACACACACACACACACACACACACACACACACACACACACACAACAUGUUUCUUUUUUUAAACUUUCUCUGCUCGUCUGUGAGAUUUUAUAUUGUCUAUGAGAGAAAAGAUAAAGGCUGAAAUGUAAAAAAAAAAAAAAAAAGAGCCGCCCCACCCCCCCACCCCGUCUCACCCCUCCCCCUCCCAUCCCACCCUCACCCCCACCUCCUUCCCCCUCCAUGUCAAACUCUGCUGACUCCUGAUUGGUGGAUUCAAAGAACAAAAGAUUAAAAGGAAAGAAAGAAAAGAACAAAAAAA